AUGCUGGUUCACUAUUUUGUUGCUUUUUUUCUAUUAUCCGCUAUUCAUUUAAAUGUCUACGCUCUCAAAUCGUAUUCACAAUAUCAAUUAUGGCGUUUAAAUGUUACAAAUAAUGAACAAGUCGCUAAAUUACAUGAUUUCAGUCGUAUAGCAUAUCAACAGAAUAUUAACUUUUGGUCUGAAAGGUUCCGUAAAAAUAUUCCGAUUGAUGUUAGUAUAGCACCUGAAUCUAUUAAUAGUUUUGCUAAAUUUUUAUCAUCAGAUGAUAUGAAAAUACAAUAUGAUGUUAUUAUGAAAGAUAUUGGUGCUGUUAUUGAAAGACAAAAAUUAAUUGAUAAAUUACAACCAUCAUCUGUAUAUGCUGAUGAUUUUGCAUAUGAUAAGUAUCAUCCAAUUAACGAAAUUGAUGCAUGGAUUGAUAAAAUGGUUCAAACAUAUCCAACAUUAGCAACAUCAUUUACAGUUGGAAAAUCAUAUGAAAAACGUGAAAUGAAAGGUUUAAAAAUAUCAUCGAAUAAAACAGCAGUUAAGCUUGAUGGUACUCCAGUAAAUGAAAAAAAGGCUGUUUGGUGGGAUGGAGGUAUUCAUGCUCGAGAAUGGAUUAGUCCAGCAACGGUUAUUUAUAUUGUUCAUGCUCUUUUAUCAAAUUAUAGUAAAAAUCCAAUAAUUACACAUUUCGUCGAUCAAUUCGAUUAUUAUAUUUUACCUGUCUUUAAUGUCGAUGGUUAUGCAUAUACAUGGACCAAUGAUCGAUUAUGGCGUAAAACUCGAAGUAAAACAUCAGAUCCUAAUUGUUUUGGUGCUGAUCCAAAUCGUAAUUGGGAUUAUCACUGGUGUGAAGGUGGUGCUACACAUGAUCCAUGUGAUGAAAUUUAUUGUGGUAGUAAACCAUUUUCAGAAAUUGAAACCGCACAAGUAGCAAAAUUUAUUGGUACUCAUAAUAGUACAUUAGUACAUUACAUUAAUUUUCAUUCCUAUUCACAAUUAUGGAUGACACCAUGGGGUUAUACAACAAAAAAACCAGUACAAUUUAAAUUACAAGAUGAUGGAUCGGCUAAAGCUGUUCAAGCACUUCGUGCUGUUUUUGGUACUGAAUAUGUUCAUGGUAAUAUUGGUGCAACUAUUUAUGUUGCAUCAGGAAACACAGUCGAUUGGACAUCUGGUACAGCUAAUAUAACAUUUAGCUAUGCUGUAGAACUUCGUGAUACUGGUGAAUAUGGAUUUUUGUUACCAGAAGAUCAAAUUGUUCCAAGUGGAAAAGAAACAUUAGCUGGUGAAUUAGCAUUAUUGAAAUAUAUCGAAGGAAAAGUUUAUGCUUAA